UUUUGGGGGAAGUCAACAGAAAAACUUGGUUGAUUCAACAAUGGUUGAAAAACUAACGUGGAAAAUGUUUCAACUUUACUAAUGAAAGUAUUGUCAAACCAAGACUAUGUCAACUCCACGCCGAGGUCGGAAAAGCAUCUCUGAGAAUGUCUGGCUUCUUCAAAAUACUCUGGCCAAGAUUUUGAACGACAAUGAUCGCACGUUUUUAAUCCAUUCGCUAAAUCAAUAUCAAAAGGAUCGCGAUAUCUUAGAGCUUGUAACAUCACUAAAGAGAGUCCUUGACUCACCAAAGAAGCGUGAAGUUUACCCUCUUUUACGAGAUAUUAUUCCCUCGAAUGAUAAACGUUACUUCGAAAGAGCCUGGCAUACAAAUCAACCAAAACAUGUCACUCCGAAUGGGUCAUGGAAUAACUCCACAUCAACGAGGUCUAGAUCGCGCUCUCAAAACCGACCACAGGAACAUUUACGACGGUCUAAUUUUUAUUCAAGUCUACCUGAAAAUCUAGACAAAAGUGACUCAGGGGUAGAAUUUCCAGCAUUAAAAAAGAGCUCAAGUUCCCGUUCUUUUCAAAAGUAUCCUAUACGGCGUCUUUAUCUAAAGCGCGCUCCGGGUACUGGCUAUGGCUUUAGUAUGCGAGGGGGCUCGGAACAUGGAGUGGGGCUUUAUGUCUCGUCUUUAGACGAUAAUUCUAUCGCAGAAUACGAGGGCUUGCUACCUGGGGAUCAUAUUAUUUCCGUGAAUGACAUCCAGUUUGAUGGUUUGAGCCACGACCAAGCUGUAAAGAUAAUUAAGAAUAGUAAGAAGCUCAAUAUGGUAGUUCGAUCAGUUGGUCGAAUACCAAACACAUUUGUAGCAGAAUCGACAUAUAAAUGGAUUGAUUCUAUGGGUCAGAGAGUGUCUCCACCCCCUAACGUAGACUCCAAUGGCAGAGAGAUGUCUAUUGAUGGCAUACAUAGGAGUGAUUUACGGUUGCUAGGAGAUGAUGAUGAGAGGAAGGUGAAUGUGUUUAUUGAAGAAGGUGACAAAUUAGGCCUUAGAAUCAGAGGUGGAUCAGAAUAUGGAUUGGGUAUUUAUAUUGCUGGUGUGGACCCUAACUCUGCAGCUGAAAAAGCUGGACUUAAGUGUGGUGACCAGAUCAUGGAUGUAAAUGGGAUAAGCUUCCUAAACAUCACUCACGCAGAUGCUGUCAAAGUUCUUAAAUCAGACAAGAAUAUGAUGGUUACCAUGAAGGAUGUCGGGAGAUUGCCUUUUGCUAAGACUGUGACAGACAGGACUAGAUGGACCAAAGGAAAGUUAUCAGGAAAGCCAGUGCAAAGUGAUGCCGAUAGUGUCCUUACCACCAGUAUCCAGAUUCAUGAGCCUCCAGAUCAUAGACGCCACACAACAGCAGGAAGACCCAGACUUGUGACAGAAAGAUCAGAAAAAUCCAAGUUCAGCCAUGGAAUUGCAGGCUCUCAGCUUUUGUACAAUGGCUCUGGGCCCUCUGCAAAAAGCCUAGCAGAAGAUCAAGCAAGACUUAUAUUGAAUGAAAAUGAAUUGGGAACAAUGACCUACUAUAUGGAGGAGUAUUCUAAGGGUUUCAUUUCGGUGGACGCAUUCGUUUUGGCACUCUUCAGUCUCUUCAACACCCCAGACAAGGUUUCGUUGUUGUCUGAAGUUCGUGGGUUCAUCCACCCAAGAGAUAUCGACCGAUUUGAUGACUUGGUCCUGAAAAGAGAAAUCGAAGCCAUAAGGAAACGCAAAGUUACUUCUCCUCAACAUCGUGAAGAUGCCCACUCAAUUCGUUCAUACAGUAGCAGUGUCUCAAGCUAUUCUGAACAUGGUUCAUCAUCUAGCUGGAGCUCUGCUAAGGAGUCUCUAGAUUCUCGUCCUAUUACUCCUCCACGCGUCCCAGAAGUAUUGCCGGACAACAUGAAACUUCUCAAGCACCGUCAUGGGAAGAAAGAAAAGGAAGGAUUGCUAAGUUUUAUGUCUAAUGAUGAUACACUGAACGAUUCUAGGGAUUCAAUACCGUCCCCUCCAUCAGACUUCACUACCGUCUUUCCUCUCUCUGCUUCCUCUCCACGGAAACCAAAACACAACGCUGUGACAAAUGGUGAAAUAACCAAGAAUCUUGUCAUUGGGGAUAACGAUAGAGUAAAAUAUGCGCCACAUAAGAAACAAGACUCCAAAAAAUCUCACAAACAACAUUCAGAGAAACAAGAGAAAUCGUUUAAAGAGGGUGCUGACAAUACAGCAUCAGAAAAAGAACAUAAUCUAAAGACGAAAAACGAUUUCCAGUCUUCGUCUGAUCACUCGUUUGAAUUGAUUUCUGAGACAAAGAAGGAAAAACGAGGAUUUUUUAUUAAUUUUAACAAAGGAAGCUACUCCCCUUAUAAACAUGAUCAAUCUUUAGCUUCUAAGGAAUCGACGAAUUUAUAUCACGUGUCAGUCGUCAAGAAGAAAGACGAACAAGACGAAGCUGGAACCUCUGUAGAACGAUCGUCGGUUGGUGAGGCUGGAGAAAAGUUGGGAAAUCAUGAUUUCGAAAAGGCACACUCUAGCAUUCCAUUGGACACGACACCUACUGGUUUUGUCUCUGGUGAAAAGGUAAAACAUUCGCAUUCUGAAAAUUCUGAAGAAAAAUAUGAUGAAAGCACGUUUGUGGUUGAUGAGGAUGACUAUGCUUUGCCAUCAACACUAAUGAAUGGUUACCGCACCUCACCUAAGAAAGUAGAUGAUUCUAAGCACAGCUCAAGUGCAGUGGAAAAACAACCCUUAAAUCCAAAAGCCCCGUUCAAACCAAAACCAUACCAUGCAAAAACAGAAGAUCAAACCAAGGAAGGAAAUAAUGGCAACAUCAGUUUUGAGGGCAAACAAACACUUAAAAGUAGCUCGCAGUCACCCGCGAACUCUGCCUUCGCUCCACCAAAACCCAAGCCGUAUAUUUCUCAACCAGCAGAUCGUACAGCUAAGGAUUCUUAUGAAUAUGAUGACGACAAGCGCAAGGACACCCACGGAGAUCAUGAGAUUAAAUCCUUUGAUGCUUCUCCAGGACCCAAACACUAUGAUUCCCUGGAACUAUUUCAAGCGCCAAAGGAAAGCCGUGAUUCUGACCAGCAAGAUAGUGGUCACCAGCAAGUCGAUUAUGUUGAUAUUGAUAGCAUUAAAAGAGCUAAGCAACUUUCUCGUCAAAAUAAGAAACCUUUGGAGAAAAAUAUUAAUGGUGAUAAAAAAAGACACGAGUAUGUUGAUCCUAAAGUUAUGGAUUUUGCUGUGAAUAAUCCCCCUCCAAUACCAAAUCCAUAUUCAUCCAAAGUAGAAAAUAAUACGACAUUAAGAAAAGAUCCCGAUACACCCUACACUGGACCCCCUGACGCUAGUGAGACGAAUUUUUAUAGCGGCUCUCAUGCUACCUCUCCUGUGUCUGAUAAUCCACCAACAUCGCCAAAACCCUAUUCUCCGAAAUCAAGAAACAUUGUCUCAGAAAAGAAUGAUUUCAAUACGAAAUUCAGACGGCAUACUGAAAGUACAGAGACACGACUUGAGAGUACGCCACAUAGUUCCUCUCCAAUAAAAGCGUCUAAUGGUCCAACACCGAUAAAAAAAGUUAUGGACAAAAAUAACAAUCCUCAAGAAAGUGGUAAAUUCAGCAAUGGAAACAACGUUGGGACUGUUGUCUCAUGUAAACCUGAAGUGCACGACUUGACAAGUAAUUACCAUGACCAGGUCUAUGAUGGGAUGUAUCUUGCUAUGGAAGAGUCCGCUACAACGCGGUCGGGUCUAGAGAAAAGCACAAGCUGGGGAGAUGAAAUCAUGCCCUCGGGGUCCUUCUAUGAUACACUCUAUGAUACACAACCGUCCAUAGAAGGAGGAAGACUAGACAGUGUGAAGUCCAUACAAAAGGACAACUUAGUGAUGAAUUCAAAUCCACCAAAGAUGGAAGGCAACGCAGUUGUUUCAAAUCACGAUGAUGAAGUGAUGGUUAAAAAAGAUAUGGCCACUCUUCCGGUUGAGGGAUGCGUGACAACAGAACGUAGCAGUAGGAGUCACGCUAGUCCCAAUCUUCAAGGUAUGACGAGCCAAGGCGUAAAAGCCGCUCGUUAUAUUGGCUCAAGACAAGAAAAUGAUAAAAGAACAGAAACCGUGAAUGGAAUCCGUAUUCAAUCCAAACAGGGUACCGUGACCACGCCAGAAAGCGUGACCAAAGACUGGGACCAAACCCUUGACCAUAAAGAAACCACAAUAAAAUAUGACAUAAACCAAAAUAUUGAAGAGGCACCCAAAAACCAAUCAGUUCAAAAUAUGAUCCUGGCUUAUAACAGAAUGUCUAAUACAUCAGACGCUGGGAACAGUUUGUCGAGGAGAGGCUCGACCACGAAUAGAAAGAGUUGGGACGGGGUUGGAAAGCCUUCAGAGAAAGGACAAGACCAGAAGACGUCAAUGGUGGAAGGGAAGAAAGGUCUGAAGAGUAACAGUGACAGCAACUUAAUAAAUCUUCCCAAGGAACAACAAAAGAGCAUCCAAGUAAAGCUGCGAGCCAGUCAGGAGCUCCUCGAGCUGCGUCAACAAAGCAGGGAUUCAUCCACCAAUAACUCGCGAAGAAGCAGCGUAGACCUAACUUUAACAACCGAACCACCCUCAUUAACGGUUUCCCCGUCAGCCAAGCCCAUGCAUUCCCAGCAUGGCGAGGCUUACGAUGUGGAGAUAGCAAAGACUUCCGAGGGACUGGGGCUUACCCUUGAAGGUGGUUCUGAUACUUCGCCGAGAAACGCUCCUGUGAAGGUCAAACUGGUCAAGGAAGGACCUUACGCAGCCUACGCGUGCGGCAAACUACGACCAGGUCAGACAGUACUACAAAUCAACGAUACAUCUAUCCAAGGCAUGACCAAUGCUAUGGCUAUACUGACGUUACGUCAAGCAUACACUGAUCCUGAAACUAAGACACUAAUAUUAGUAGUAAAAGAUCCUUAAGUAAAUCUUAUUCCACAGGUAACCCAAACGAAGUAGUUUACCAGUUUUGUAUUUACUACAUAAAUAAUUUCUAAAUAGAACACCUAGGUUUUUGUGGUUCACUGCGCGUUUAAAAAACAAAUGUUAUUUCCAUAGUAUGAAUAAAUUGCUGAUCACGUGGUGUGUGAUAUAAAAUAUUAAACAGCUUACCAUAAGUGGUUUGGGUUCCCUGUGUUUUAUCAUAACCAAUGACGUGGUAAGCAUUAGGCAUUCUGGAUCUCAGUAGGCACCGACUAUUAUUUGGCGAUUAAAGCAUUUUAUACUACACUGAUAUUUUUUGAAACGUUGACCAGUGUUGUCGUCGGUUUACAAAGGUGGUCGCUUUAGAUAGGUGGUCGAUAUUAAGAGGUUUAGCAUCAGAUUAUUUUUGACAAAAUUUUAUAAAACAAGAUAUAAAAUUCAGUGAAGAUUUCGCAAAAGUGUAGAGUUAAAAAGCACUUUCCGCUAAAUUUUCCCAGGCAAAUCAAACAAUGUUUUAAUAUGAUGCAUAUCUUUUGGAAAAACAUAAUUUUUAGAAUAUUAUUUUUAGAGCACAGCUCAUUUCAGAUGUUUUUUAUUUUUUAAUUUAUUUGAUAAAAAUAGUGUGCAGUAUAUGGUAUUAAUAGUAUGUGGAUAUUCAAUGUAAAGUGAUCCACUCCCAGACUUGUAUCCAAAAUAAGAAUUUUUCAACUAUAUAUAAUUGUUCUUGACUUCGACGCUUUGAAAAUCGUUUUUCACCUCAAUCUCACCUUUUUGAAAUUGUCCUUCACUUGAUACUGAAUCUCCCAUUUCAGAUAUCACAUUUCUCGUUUCUGUAUUUUUACAAUCUAUUUAUUAAUAUAUCACGUGUCUUUUAGAAUUGACUCAUAUUUUGAGAUAUUUAUUUUCUGCGUAAGGUAGAGUGAAAGCUACUGUAUCACUGCUAACAUUGAAUGAAUAAACGCUAGUACAAUUCA